GUGUCUCUCCUCCGCUCCUGGCUCGGCGCUUAGUGGCAGAGGAGAGCUCGGCUGCUGCCGCCGACCGAGGACGCCGACCGGGGAUCUCUCGGGGGGAAAACUUUUUUUUUCCACGACAGUGCCGGUUAAGCAGAACACAAAGGCCUGCCGCAGAGCCGCGCUCAGCCAUGGAGGACGGCAAGCCGGUGUGGGCGCCCCACCCAACGGAAGGAUUUCAGCUGGGAGUCAUCGUGGACAUCGGCAGUGAUAGCUUAACCAUCGACCCACUGAAGCAGAGGGGCAAGACAUUCUUGGCUCCAAUCAACCAAGUAUUUCCUGCAGAAGAUGAUGUCAACAAACAAGUAGAAGACAACUGUUCCCUUAUGUACCUGAAUGAAGCGACUCUCCUCAACAACGUGAAAGUGCGAUAUAGUAAAGAGAAGAUCUAUACUUUUGUAGCAAAUAUCCUUAUAGCGGUGAAUCCUUACUAUGACAUCCCCAAGCUGUACUCGCUGCAAACCAUUCAAGCCUACCGGGGAAAGUCCCUGGGCACUAUGCCCCCCCACGUGUAUGCCAUCGCGGACAAGGCUUACCGCGACAUGAAGGUGCUGAAGAUGAGUCAGUCUAUCAUUGUGUCCGGAGAGUCCGGGGCAGGAAAGACAGAGAACACAAAAUUUGUCCUCCGUUAUUUAACUACAACCUAUGGUACAGGCCAAGAUAUCGAUGAGAGAAUAGUUGAAGCAAAUCCACUUCUUGAGGCUUUUGGAAACGCCAAGACAGUCAGGAACAACAACAGCAGCCGUUUUGGGAAGUUUGUAGAAAUCCACUUUAAUGAGAAGAAUGUGGUGGUGGGGGGCUUCGUGUCACACUACCUGCUGGAGAAGUCCCGCAUCUGCACGCAGAGCCCGGAAGAGAGGAACUAUCACAUCUUCUACCGGCUGUGUGCCGGGGCGUCGGAGGACAUCAGCCAGCAGCUGCACCUGGGCUCCCCGGACGCCUUCAGGUACCUGAAUCGCGGCUGCACCCGCUUCUUCUCCAGCAAGGACACCGAGAAGGAGAUUCUGCAGAACCGCAAGAGUCCUGAGCACCUGAAGGCCGGCCCUCUGAAGGACCCGCUGCUGGACGACCACGGCGACUUCAACAGGAUGUGCGUGGCCAUGAAGAAGAUCGGCCUGGAUGACGCCGAGAAGCUGGACCUCUUCCGCGUGGUGGCGGGAGUCCUGCACCUGGGCAAUGUAGACUUUGAGGAGGCGGGGAGCACGUCAGGUGGAUGCACCAUAAAAAGGACAUCCAGCAAGACCCUUGAGUUCUGCGCCGAGCUGCUGGGGCUGGAAGAGGAAGAUCUGCAAGUCAGCCUCACCACCAGAGUCAUGCUCACAACAGCAGGGGGCGCCAAAGGCACGGCAAUAAAAGUGCCUCUGAAGGUGGAGCAGGCCAACAACGCACGGGAUGCCCUUGCCAAGGCCAUCUACAGCCGCCUCUUUGACCACGUGGUGAAGCGGGUCAACCAGUGUUUUCCUUUCGAGACGUCGUCCACCUUCAUCGGCGUGCUGGACAUCGCGGGCUUCGAGUACUUUGAGCACAACAGCUUUGAACAGUUCUGCAUCAAUUACUGCAACGAGAAGCUGCAGCAGUUCUUCAACGAGCGCAUUCUGAAGGAGGAACAAGAGCUGUACCAGAGGGAGGGGCUUGGGGUCAAUGAAGUUCAUUAUGUGGACAACCAAGACUGCAUAGACCUGAUAGAGGCCAAGCUGGUGGGCAUCCUGGACAUCCUGGACGAGGAGAACCGCCUGCCCCAGCCCAGCGAUCAGCACUUCACCGAGGUCGUGCACAGCAAGCACAGGGAACACUUCCGACUGACCGUAAGGCUCUGCCAUUGUCAUCAUGGUCACAGGGCGUGUGAAUGGGCUCACAUGCGCCUCACCUCUUCAUUCUGUCUCCAGAUAAAAUUUGUGGAAAAAAACAACGAUGCACUUCACACAUCACUGGAGGGCCUGGUCAGCGAGUCCAAGGACAGGUUUGUGCGGGAGCUCUUUGAGAACUCGAAUAACUCCAAGGAUGUGAAGCAGAAGGCCGGCAAGCUGAGCUUCAUCAGCGUGGGCAACAAAUUCAAGACCCAGUUGAACAUCCUCCUGGAGAAGCUGCGUAGCACGGGCUCUAGUUUCAUCCGCUGUGUGAAGCCCAACCUGAAGAUGGUGAGCCACCAGUUUGAAGGAAGCCAGAUCCUGUCCCAGCUGCAGUGCUCAGGCAUGGUGUCUGUCCUGGACCUCAUGCAGGGGGGGUUCCCGUCGCGGGCCCCCUUCCACGAGCUCUACAACAUGUAUAAACAGUACAUGCCUGCCAAGCUGACCCGGCUGGACCCCCGACUCUUCUGCAAGGCUUUAUUCAAAGCGCUCGGACUGAACGAGAAUGAUUACAAAUUUGGGCUCACGAGGGUGUUCUUCAGACCUGGAAAGUUUGCCGAGUUUGACCAGAUCAUGAAGUCGGAUCCCGAGCACCUGGCUGAGCUGGUCCAGCGUGUCAACAAGUGGCUCAUCUGCAGCCGCUGGAAGAAGGUCCAGUGGUGCGCGCUGUCCGUCAUCAAGCUAAAGAACAAGAUGCUGUACCGGGCCUCCGCAUGUGUUAAGAUGCAGAAGACGGUUCGCAUGUGGCUCUGCAGGAGGAAACACAAGCCCAGGAUCGAGGGCAUGGUGAAGGCCAGGACACUGAAGCAGAGGAUCGGCAAGUUCAGCGAGGUGGUCAACGGGCUGAAGGAGGGCAAGCAGGAGAUGAGCAAGCAGGUCCAGGAGCUGGACAUCUCAGUUGACACCCUCCUGGCCAAGAUCAAGAGCACGGUGAUGAGCCGCCAGGAGAUCGAUCACGAGUGCCGAGCCCUGGGGACGCGAUCCGAGCAGCUCCUGGCCGCCAUGCAGAAGAAGAAGCAGGAGGAGGAGGAGCGGGAGCGCCUGCGGCACAUCCAGGAGGAGAUGGAGCGCGAGAGGAAGAGGCGUGAGGAGCAGGAGCAGCGGCGCAAGCAGGAGGAGGAGGAGCGGGAGCGCCUGCGGCACAUCCAGGAGGAGAUGGAGCGCGAGAGGAAGAGGCGUGAGGAGCAGGAGCAGCGGCGCAAGCAGGAGGAGGAGGAGCGCCGCCUGAAAUCAGAGAUGGAACUGAAGAGGAAACAGGAAGAAGAGGAGAGGAAAAAGCGGGAGGAGGAAGAGAGGAGGCUCCAGGCAGAAGUGGAGCUGCAGCUGGAGGCGGAGCGCGAGGCGGAGGCACGGCGCCAGACCAUGCUGGAGCAGGAGAGGCGGGACCGCGAGCUGGCCCUGCGCAUCGCACAGAGCGAAGCCGAGCUCAUCGCAGACGACACGCAGAUUGAUGCUGGGCUACGCAGUAAUGACACCUUUGAGUCGUCCCCAGAGGGAACCAACUUCGGUGAACCUCAAAAGAUGAAGGGCUUGAGUGUGGAAGAGAUGGCCAAAGAAAUGUCUGAACUUCUUGCCCGGGGCCCCCAGGUCCAGGCCACCAAGGCAGCCAGCGGGGCCAAGAAGUACGAGCUGAGCAAGUGGAAGUACGCCGAGCUCCGCGACGCCAUAAACACGUCCUGCGACAUCGAGCUGCUGGCAGCCUGUCGCGAGGAGUUCCACCGCCGCCUGAAGGUCUACCAUGCCUGGAAGUCCAGGAACAAGAAGCGCAACACUGACUCUGAGCAGAGGGCGCCCAAAUCGGUCACCGACUACGAUCUCGCUCCUUUUGUGACAAAGGCAUCGACGCAGAACGCCGCCCCGCCCAUCCCUGCACGCCAGCAUGAGAUCGCCAUGAACCGGCAGCAGCGAUACUUCCGCAUCCCGUUCAUCAGGCCCAGCGACCAGUACAAGGACCCGCAGGCCAAGAAGAAGGGCUGGUGGUACGCGCACUUCGACGGGCCCUGGAUCGCCCGGCAGAUGGAGCUCCACCCGGAGAAGCACCCCAUCCUGCUGGUGGCAGGGAAGGACGACAUGGAGAUGUGCGAGCUGAGCCUGGAGGAGACGGGCCUGACCCGCAAGCGAGGCGCCGAGAUCCUGGGCCGGCAGUUCGAGGAGAUAUGGGAGCGCUGUGGCGGCAUGCAGUACCUGCGGAAGGCCAUCGAGAACCGGCUGGCCCGGCCCACAUUCGCCACGGCCAUGCUGCAGAACCAGCUCAACUAGGCCGAAGUGGGCAGGCCUGCCAGUGCAUGAUGGGAAGGCGGAGGCCACCAGCACGGAGAGCAGUGAGCAGUGCCCUCGUGUGAAAGUGAACUCUCUAUUUUUUCAUAAUUAGCUAUUGUUUUCAUUCUUUUCACUUUUGAUUAUUUUUCAACGUCAGCUGCAGCAUUUCUAUGCUGAGAUGUCAGCUAGACUAUGGGAAGUGUAUAUUUCUCCUAUAAAAUCCACUCUUUGCUUUAA